AUGGGAGUUGUCCCACAAGGUGCUGCUCAGUCUGUGCAGAAGAAGAAAGUUGCGGCCGCUCCGUCGAGCUCGGACUCUGAUUCUAGUGAUGAUGAGCAGCCGGCGAGUAAGAAGCCUGCGUUGGUGAAGGCGUCUCCAUCUGUGGGCAAGGCUGUUAGUGGUGUAGUUGCUGGUGGUAAGAAGGUGGUCGGGAAGCCUGCGUCGUCGAGUUCCGACUCGGAUUCGAGUGAUGAGGGUAAUGCUGGAUCAGCGAAGAAGCCUGUUGGUGUAGUUGUUAGUGGUGUUAAGACAGGGAUGGGAGUUGUCCCACAAGGUGCUGCUCAGUCUGUGCAGAAGAAGAAAGUUGCGGCCGCUCCGUCGAGCUCGGACUCUGAUUCUAGUGAUGACGAGCAGCCGGCGAGUAAGAAGCCUGCGUUGGUGAAGGCGUCUCCAUUUGUGGGCAAGGCUGUUAGUGGUGUAGUUGCUGGUGGUAAGAAGGUGGUCGGGAAGCCUGCGUCGUCGAGUUCCGACUCGGAUUCGAGUGAUGAGGGUAAUGCUGGAUCAGCGAAGAAGCCUGUUGGUGUAGUUGUUAGUGGUGUUAAGACAGGGAUGGGAGUUGUCCCACAAGGUGCUGCUCAGUCUGUGCAGAAGAAGAAAGUUGCGGCCGCUCCGUCGAGCUCGGACUCUGAUUCUAGUGAUGAUGAGCAGCCGGCGAGUAAGAAGCCUGCGUUGGUGAAGGCGUCUCCAUCUGUGGGCAAGGCUGUUAGUGGUGUAGUUGCUGGUGGUAAGAAGGUGGUCGGGAAGCCUGCGUCGUCGAGUUCCGACUCGGAUUCGAGUGAUGAGGGUAAUGCUGGAUCAGCGAAGAAGCCUGUUGGUGUAGUUGUUAGUGGUGUUAAGACAGGGAUGGGAGUUGUCCCACAAGGUGCUGCUCAGUCUGUGCAGAAGAAGAAAGUUGCGGCCGCUCCGUCGAGCUCGGACUCUGAUUCUAGUGAUGAUGAGCAGCCGGCGAGUAAGAAGCCUGCGUUGGUGAAGGCGUCUCCAUCUGUGGGCAAGGCUGUUAGUGGUGUAGUUGCUGGUGGUAAGAAGGUGGUCGGGAAGCCUGCGUCGUCGAGUUCCGACUCGGAUUCGAGUGAUGAGGGUAAUGCUGGAUCAGCGAAGAAGCCUGUUGGUGUAGUUGUUAGUGGUGUUAAGACAGGGAUGGGAGUUGUCCCACAAGGUGCUGCUCAGUCUGUGCAGAAGAAGAAAGUUGCGGCCGCUCCGUCGAGCUCGGACUCUGAUUCUAGUGAUGACGAGCAGCCGGCGAGUAAGAAGCCUGCGUUGGUGAAGGCGUCUCCAUUUGUGGGCAAGGCUGUUAGUGGUGUAGUUGCUGGUGGUAAGAAGGUGGUCGGGAAGCCUGCGUCGUCGAGUUCCGACUCGGAUUCGAGUGAUGAGGGUAAUGCUGGAUCAGCGAAGAAGCCUGUUGGUGUAGUUGUUAGUGGUGUUAAGACAGGGAUGGGAGUUGUCCCACAAGGUGCUGCUCAGUCUGUGCAGAAGAAGAAAGUUGCGGCCGCUCCGUCGAGCUCGGACUCUGAUUCUAGUGAUGAUGAGCAGCCGGCGAGUAAGAAGCCUGCGUUGGUGAAGGCGUCUCCAUUUGUGGGCAAGGCUGUUAGUGGUGUAGUUGCUGGUGGUAAGAAGGUGGUCGGGAAGCCUGCGUCGUCGAGUUCCGACUCGGAUUCGAGUGAUGAGGGUAAUGCUGGAUCAGCGAAGAAGCCUGUUGGUGUAGUUGUUAGUGGUGUUAAGACAGGGAUGGGAGUUGUCCCACAAGGUGCUGCUCAGUCUGUGCAGAAGAAGAAAGUUGCGGCCGCUCCGUCGAGCUCGGACUCUGAUUCUAGUGAUGACGAGCAGCCGGCGAGUAAGAAGCCUGCGUUGGUGAAGGCGUCUCCAUGUGUGAAUAUGUCUGUUGGUGGUGUGGUUAAUGGUCGUCAGAACUUUGUGGAGAAUUCAAAUUUCGGUGUGGGUGAUGGUGCUGUGCGUCGUGAUUUGUUUGAUCAUUCGUCCAAUCGUAAGCGCCGUUUCUCGUUUGUUGGUUCCGGUGAUUUGAAGAAUAGGAGUUCGGUUAGUUCUUCUACUGAUAAUCUUGUGUCUGUUACUAAAACGUCUUUCACUGAUUCUAUCGGUCCUUUUCGUCGCGUGGAUGAGAAGGAUGUAUUUGUCCAUCCCAAUCUGCGCGACAAUUCGUUCGAGGCGAAGCGGAAUGCACGUGGAUCGUGGGGUGAAAAAGCGAAUCGCGAUUUCAAGUUUACCAGUGGAAAAGCGUUCAAACAAGAGAAAACUAAAAAGAAGAGAGGUUCUUAUAGCGGAGGUUCACUUUCCUUAGAUUCUUGUUCCUUUAAGUUUAAUGAAUAAACAGGUCUUUACUCCUGAUUUUCUGUAAAUAUUUUUCCACUUACAUGCAUUUUGUAAAUAGGAAGAUAGUUAAAAUAUUUUCUAAUGCUUUGCCAUAACUUUGACGUACUGUUUGUUUAAAAAAAAGAUUUUGUUGCAAUUUUUUGAAAUAUCGUCAUUUCAAAUGUUAUCGUUCAGUAAAUCGUGGCUAUUGCA